UAUUUAUGAGUACAGAAAGAGAACCUCUUUUACCAAACGAGGAAGAUGACGAGGGACGUCCUUCAUCUUCCCGAAUUCACAGUGUUCAGAACGGCAAGUUCACUUUGCUCGAGAAAGUCUUGUUUGCUUUAGCUACUGCUUUCUUUAUCGGCUUGUGUAUAUUAGCAGGUCUUUUCACAAGACGCGUAUAUGAUGAAAAGCCCGAGAACCCUUCUCCUCCUACUGUUCCUUCCCCACCUGGAACAAACACAACAGCACCUCUCUGUAUUACACCUGAAUGUGUCUUGACAGCAGCUCAAAUUCUUCAAGAUGUUGAUUUGACUUUGGAUCCUUGUGAUGAUUUCUAUCAAUAUACCUGCAGUAAAUGGGAGCAAACCCACGAAAUUCCUGACGGCAAAUCUUCUAUCAACGCCUUUGUAUCACUAAUCAAUCAAAAUAAGGAGGCACUUCGCAGUAUUUUUGCUGGCAGUUUUGAUGAUUUCUAUGACCGCACUCACAUUUCUGUUUCCGGUCAUUUACCUGAUCCUGAGAAACCUAUUGAUAAGCAAAACUUUGAAAAAGUAAAAGACUUGUAUGAUUCUUGCAUGAAUGAAGCCCUUAUUGAUAAGCGUGGUGCAGAACCCAUUUAUCCUUUGCUGAAAGACAUUCGCGACCAAUUCCCUGCUUCUUCUAAUCCUGCCGAAACUCGCCGUUUGACUCAAACCCUUUCGUUUUUGGCAAACAGAGACAUUGGUAGUCUAUUUGAAAUCAUGGUAGAUGCUGAUCCCAAGGACCCUACAAUCAAUUCACUCCAACUCUAUCAAUCUGGCUUGACAUUGCCUACCAAAGUGUAUUAUACACAAGAAGAUACUGUCAAGGCUUUGACUGAGACCAUUGCUGAUACUCUUGCUGUUGUCUACCGAGGCAAAUCUGCUUUGGCAGCUGAAUUAUUUGGCGAAUAUGAUCUCCGUAUCACGGCUCGCACGAUCGUCGAGUUUGAAAAGAAAUUGGCCAAGAUCAGUCAAUUGCCUGAAGAAUUCCAAGACCCUGAAGCCACUUACAACCCUAUGACAUUGUCUGAACUUGCCAAGAUUGCUCCCAAUGUUGACUGGGGACUCUAUGUCUCUCAUCUCUUGCCUCCGAAUGCUCCUCACCCUGGCAAGGUUGUCGUUACUUCUCCUGCUUAUAUCAGCAAUGUCUCCAGCUUGCUUCUUGAAAAGGAAAGUGCGCGUACUUUGCAAGCUUAUUUCUCCUGGAGAGCCAUCUUUGGUUAUUCUGAAGCCCUGGGUGAAGAGAUUCGUGCUCCUAUUCGUCGCUUGACAUCUCGUUUGAUUGGUACAAACCCCAAAUCAAUCAAGCCUCGUUGGGAUACUUGUUUGGAUGAGGUCAACAAUGCUUUGGGAUUCAUGGCAGGUCGUUAUUAUGUGAUUGACAAGUUUGGUGGCAAGGCUAAAGAACGUGCUGAUGAGUUUGUCAAUAGUAUCAAACAAGUCUUUUUGGACCGUUUGCCUGGACUGGAAUGGAUUGACAAAGAAACACGUCAAAAGGCUGAAGAAAAGGUCGAUAAGCUGAUUCGUAAAGUAGGCUAUCCUAACACAACACCCAAUGUGAUGUCGCCUGUUUCUUUGUCUGGCUAUUAUGGUGAUCUGACUAUCACUCCUCAUGAAUACUUUGACAACUAUGUCAGUGCUCGCAAGUUUGAUGUCUUGAGUCAAUGGCGCCAAGUUGGAAAGACGCCUGAUAGAUCCAAGUGGUUGAUGAAUCCUCAAGAAGUCAAUGCUUACUAUAACCCUUCAUUCAAUGAAAUCGUGUUCCCUGCUGGUAUCCUUCAAAACCCUUUCUUUGGUGACAAUUACCCUGAUUACUUGAACUAUGGUGGUAUUGGUGUUGUUGUUGGACAUGAAUUGACACAUGGCUUUGAUAGUACGGGUAGACAUUUUGAUGCUGAGGGCCGUCUUGUUCAAUGGUGGACAAAUGAAACAGCUGCUGAAUUUGAAGCCAAGGCUGAUUGUUUUGUGAACCAAUAUAGCAACUUUACCAUGAUUGAUGAAAAUGGUAAAGCAAUUCAUGUCAAUGGCAGAUUUACACUCGGUGAAAACUUGGCUGAUAAUGGUGGUUUGGGUGAAUCUUUUGCUGCUUGGAAGCAAAGAUAUAAUAGUGAUCCUGAAAGUAAGCGAUACAACAAUGUUCGUUUACCUGGUUUGGAUGCAUUGUCUCCUGAACAAUUGUUCUUUGUCAACUUUGGUCGUAUCUGGUGUAAUAAAGCCACACCUGCUCAAGCCAAGAAAGGCGUCCUUACGGAUGAGCAUUCUCCUGCUAAAUGGAGAGUAAAUGGUGCUAUUCAAAAUUCCAAGCAAUUUGCUGAUGUCUUUAAAUGUCCUGCUGGUAGUCCAAUGAAUCCUGUUCAUAAGUGUGAAUUAUGGUAAAUAAAAUUAUGUUUGGGCUGUCUGAAUUUCAAGUUGAUGAACAGUAAUGGCUUUCCCCUGCGAAAAUAACGAAUCGUUCCUUUUUUUUUCAUAUAUAUAUAUAUAUAUUUGUUCUUUAUUUUUUUUCUUUGUACUAUGGAUAUUGUUAAUCAUGAAGAGACAGGGCUUAUUCUACCACCUGCAA